ACGGUCACACUGAAUUGGAAUGUACAUAAACAGGCCGAAUUUCGAUCGGAAAACACUUGCUAAAUAAGCGGCCACUGAUAAACGCAAAGAUGUCGGCCAUUUCGGGACGUGCCCUGCACUAUGUAUUCAAAAUCGGAGAUCGGGCGAAAAACGCCUUCUUCUUUCGCCAAAUCUUGGGAAUGAAGGUGCUGCGGCAUGAGGAGUUCAAGGAGGGGUGCGACGCCGCCUGCAACGGGCCCUACGACAACCGCUGGAGCAAAACGAUGGUGGGCUAUGGACCCGAAAGUUCGCAUUUCGUCAUCGAACUUACGUAUAACUAUGGAGUGAGCAGCUACGAAAUGGGCAAUGACUUUGGAGGCGUGACCAUUCACUCAAAGGACAUCCUGUCUCGGGCCGCUGAGCACUCGUAUCCCGUGACACAGGUGGCCGGAAAAGCCGGUAGUCUGCUGACCUCCCCCGAUGGCUAUAAGUUCUAUGUGAUCGAUCAGCCGUCCGCUAGCUCCGAUCCUGUCCAAUCGGUGGAGCUGAAUGUGAGCAGUCUUCAGAACUCGCGCAAAUACUGGCACGAUUUGCUGAAACUGAAGGUUCUCGAGGAGAGCGAAGCAAGCCUGCGUUUGAGUUACGGCGAACAGCAGGCUGCACUGGAGAUCACCCAGAUCGCAGAGCCAAUCAAUAGAGCCAAGGCUUAUGGACGCAUUGCCUUUGCCAUUCCGGCAGCCGAGCAACCGCCGCUCCACGAGGCGGUCAAGGCAGCUGGCGGCGCCAUUCUAACACCCUUGAUUACCUUGGAUACGCCGGGUAAGGCCACCGUUACGGUGGUGAUCCUCGGCGAUCCCGAUGGCCAUGAGAUCUGCUUCGUCGACGAGGAGGGCUUCGGCCAGCUAUCUCAGGUGGAAUCCGACGGCGACAAGCGACUGGACUUGUACAUCCAGAAGGAUCCCUUCCAACAGAAGUGAUUCUCCCAGAGAUACUGAGCACUGAUAUUUGUACACAGCACCUUUUGUAUUUGGAAUUUUUAUUGCUCUAAUGGUUAAUGGUUGUCUUCAACGGAGAUAUUACACAUUUGAAAUGUUAUUGUUAAACAUCACCUACGCGCGUUCUUGGUUUGUUUCACUAUUUACUGUUUGCAUUAAGUACUUAUAUUUCAUUACACAAACUGUCGAUAAACUUAUAGGUGCGUUAUUCCCAAUUUAUCUAUGUUAUGAGUAUUUUUUUUAACUCUUCUAGAAAUGAAUAAAACAGAAACGCCUCUAAAGCUUGUGACUAUCGCAACUUUAACAGACAA